GAAGGAUGCCCAGGAUGGCAGGAGGAUGGGCAGGAUCAGUGAAAGAUGCCCAGGAUCGCUGGAGGAUGCCCAGGAUCAGUGAAGGAUGCCCAGGAUGGCAGGAGGAUGCCCGGGAUCGCCGGAGGAUGCCCGGGAUGGCAGGAGGAUGGGUAGGAUCAGUGAAGGAUGGGCACGAUCAAUGAAGGAUGGGCAGGCUCAGUGAAGGAUGCCCAGGAUGGCAGGAGGAUGCCCAGGAUGACAAGAGGAUGCCCGGGAUCGCUGGAGGAUGCCCAGGAUCAGUGAAGGAUGCCCGGGAUCGCUGGAGGAUGGGUAGGAUCAGUGAAGGAUGCCCAGGAUCGCCGGAGGAUGGGUAGGAUCAGUGAAGGAUGCCCGGGAUCGCCGGAGGAUGCCCGGGAUCGCUGGAGGAUGCCCGGGAUGGCAGGAGGAUGGGUAGGAUCAGUGAAGGAUGGGCACGAUCAAUGAAGGAUGGGCAGGCUCAGUGAAGGAUGCCCAGGAUGGCAGGAGGAUGCCCAGGAUGACAAGAGGAUGCCCGGGAUCGCUGGAGCAUGCCCAGGAUCAGUGAAGGAUGCCCAGGAUGGCAGGAGCAUGCCCAGGAUGGCAGGAGGAUGCCCAGGAUCGCCGGAGGAUGCCCAGGAUCAGUGAAGGAUGCCCAGGAUGGCAGGAGGAUGGGUAGGAUCAGUGAAAGAUGCCCAGGAUCGCUGGAGGAUGCCCAGGAUCAGUGAAGGAUGCCCAGGAUGGCAGGAGGAUGCCCGGGAUCGCCGGAGGAUGCCCAGGAUCGCUGGAGGAUGCCCAGGAUCGCUGGAGGAUGGGUAGGAUCAGUGAAGGAUGCCCAGGAUCGCCGGAGGAUGGGUAGGAUCAGUGAAGGAUGCCCAGGAUCGCUGGAGGAUGCCCAGGAUCAGUGAAGGAUGCCCAGGAUCGCCGGAGGAUGGGUAGGAUCAGUGAAGGAUGCCCAGGAUCGCCGGAGGAUGGGUAGGAUCAGUGAAGGAUGCCCAGGAUCGCUGGAGGAUGGGUAGGAUCAGUGAAGGAUGCCCGGGAUCGCUGGAGGAUGGGUAGGAUCAGUGAAGGAUGCCCGGGAUCGCUGGAGGAUGGGUAGGAUCAGUGAAGGAUGCCCGGGAUCGCCGGAGGAUGGGUAGGAUCAGUGAAGGAUGCCCGGGAUCGCCGGAGGAUGGGUAGGAUCAGUGAAGGAUGCCCGGGAUCGCCGGAGGAUGCCCAAGGCCGCUCCGGCCGCGCGGGCUCUGUCCGGCCGCGGGGCAGCGGCUGUGCAAGGGCGCCGCCUCCCGGCCGCCCGCGGCUCUGCAGGGACAGGUCGCGCCCCCUCCUUCCCCCGGGUCCGUGUCCUUGGGGGCUCCGGGCACUCAGAUUUGGGGUUUGAGCUGCCUCUGACCCUGCGGAGAGCCCGCCGGCCCCCCCAGCGCAGGAGUUUUCCUGCGGCGCCUCCAGUACUCCGUGAGAACGGGGUGUUGCUCAGGGGAUGCUGCCUCUGUUCGUCCUUCCUUUCUCGAAGGAAACAGGAAACCGCCCAGCGAGGGAGUGUGCCCGGGAAAAAAUCACUUACAGAGGAGGAACCUCCCUGCACCCGUGUGCGAGAGCUGAGUCCCUGGACAGGGACGUCUGUGCCCUGCGAGUCAAAUUCCCGCAUUCAGAUUAACUUGGUUCUCUGCCCUCGCCUUACCAUGAAAAUCUCAGCCAUCGAUAUUUGGUGUUGGACGCUACAGCUGUGUUUGUAGGCAAAGCAUCACAGUCAUUGCAACGUGCGAAGACUCGGGAUGGUCGAGGUUGUCUCCUCCCUGACAGCCCAUUAUAGAAAAUGACCCUUUUUUUUUUUUGUUAGAAAGGCAAACUGCGGUUUAUAAGCCACAACAGCACCCGGAGGAGGGCUUGGGUUGGUUAUUUUUGUGAGGAAGAGUUACACCAGGCAUAUGUUGGAGGCAGUGAGCAUUAGUCAUGAUUUCUCAUUUGCAGGUGUGAGGUUGUUCGGGAGUGGUCUCACGCUGUGGAUGCAUCCUGUAACAGAGUGCUGUGGUGUAAACUUCAUCCCGGUGCUGCUGCAAAACAGAAAUUAGCUUGGAAAAAUGAAAUCUGCAGAGUGAAAGAGUUUAGCUUCCGAGCACCCCUCUACAGAUAGCAAUGGGGGCUUCUCUGUUCACUUUAAAAAGAGACAGCUUCUUUAGAAAACAGGGUGGUAUGUUCAGUCUCUUUUAGUCUGAAAUCUUCUUCCUCAGGCCAGUGAAAACUUAAUAUGGGUUGAAAUGGCACUGAAAUCUUCCACCUGAGAAUAGUUCUUUCAAAAAAAAAAAAAAAAAAAAAAAAAAAAAAAAUCAAACCAGCGUGUUUCUGGCUACGAAAGAAAAUGCCUUUAAUGGAUUUAAACAGUACUCACUCCUUCAAGAUUUUGGUUGCUUUUUCAGGAAAAGUCCCAGGUAAGCAGGAGUGACUUUGGCUUUGUUGAUUGUUCUGUAAGGCCUGCACAAAGCUUAGCACUUACCAAAGUGCUUUACAUUUACCUUGACUAUUACUAUGUUUGAUUAAUUACUGAUGCCUUUUAGUUAGACUGUAAGUUCGCAAAAGCUUUUGCAUGAAGUAAGUAUUUUAAAUAACAAUGUAUGAGAUUUCUAGGGCCCUGGCAGAUAUAAAAGAAAGGCUCAGGUCCUCUUCGAAUUUUGCACUUCUACAAACAUUGAGUUCAGAGAAUUUAGUGUGUUUUAGGACAAAAUACUCUUAUUUGUCUUGUCUUGCCUGAAACUUCCACCAGUAGAUAAAUUUUUUUCUCAAAAGAAUGAGUGAAGCCUCUUAUACUUCUGCUAACCGCUCUGCGUUCCCAUGACCUGCAUUCAUAUGUGUCAUAUUCAGAUAAGGAGGAGGCACAACGCUGACUAAUGCUGCUUUUUUGGAAGGAAAAAAGACAAAAGCUAUUUGAGACAGGAAUAGAAGUGCCAGCACUAAAUGACAGAUGAACAGCUGGUAGCAAAGGUGGCAGCUCUAACGUUUCUCUGUGUUUAUGGAGUACUGAAAUGAGGGAAUGUUAUCUGGAUUUGUUUCUCUGGGCUGGAUGCUUAUCUUCAGACUCAGCAAUUCUCUGGGUCCCAGGACCGGGUGUAAGAGAGUGGAUGGGUUUUGUUUAGCACAAGUGAGUGUUGCUCCCUCACCAGAGCUGCAGCCUGGAGUAUGGGGCAUGGCUGUGCCCCUCACCCACCCCCUCUGCUUCCAGUCUGUUCCCAUAUUUUGUCUGACAGCACUUGCUCCUUAUUAACAUGACUAUAGCGUCUUUGUGCCCUCUGUCAGAAGAAAUCCUGCACCAGAAUAAAUUUCAGAGGUGACAGAUUGGAACAGUUUGACCAGACGAUGGCACACAAAUGUCUCGGGGACUGACAGCACCUGUGGCUCUACACCUCUUUGGCUUUGGCCCUGGGCAGGAGCAGUGCCUGGCACCAUUGCCUACCCACUUCUGGCUUGUCCUCUCCGGAUGUUGGGCUCUGGGAUGGAGAUGAGGGAUUAUGACCCUGGGAGAGAGAGGCUGUGGCUGCAGUAAAUCAGGUACCUGUGUUUAUGUGUCACCCGGAAGCUCAGUUGUGCUGUACUUCAGAGUCUAUGAAAAAGUGUGAUUCUAGGGUUCAUGGAAAACAAACCAGUGUGUGAUGGUCAGUGCCAGGUGUGCCAGGUGUGAUGGUGUGCCAGGCAGUGCCAUGUCCCCUGAGACUGGGACCUUCCAAGCCGGGAAAGCAGUCCCAGCAAACGGGGCUCUUGUCAGAGCAGCUUCUAAGCCUUUUCUUCUCACUGCAGACUCUGAGUACGGGUUGAUUUGGCAGAUGAUGUGGGGUGAAGUGGCAAAUACCUCUCUGCUCACCCUCUGUCAGGGGAGCUUUUGCAGCUGCUGGGUUACAGUGUCGUCCAUAGAUCUGCCAGUACAGGACAGUACAGGGUGAAACACCGCCACGGGAAGGUGCCGGAGGGGUCAGCUGCCUCCUAAGAAGGGCCAAGGCAUGUCCCGGUUUAGGACAUCAGGAGCUGGGGGCUGGGGCGCCUCAGCCCCCCACCCUUGAAGAGGCAGCUGGCACCCAGCCGCAUGCUUUGCAUGGGGCUGUUGAGCCCCGCCAGGUGCUCAGCAGGCUCUGCACAGACCCCGGGGGAACCCAGCAAGGAGCCCGCUGCCCCCGGAGGUUCAGAGCCGGGGAAGACCUUUCCGUGCGGGCAGCGGGGCAUCAGGGCGCCGGUCGUAGAUGUACGUCCAGGCUGGAGGGAACGUCCCCGGCUGGGAGGAGCCAGCGGCUCAGCCGCUGUAAACAGUGCGGGCACCGCCAGCGGUUGGGAGAUGGAUAUAAAAAGGGAGGCGGAGGGGAGGCAGCCGGAGCGGCGGAGCGGGAGCUGCCUGCGCCUGUCUGCCCCUGCCCGUCCCUGCCCUGCCUGCCCCUGCCCUGCCAGCCCCGCCGGGUGCCCGGCAGCCCGGGCCGGCAGCUCCGAGAGGCUGCGGGCAGAGUCCACGGUCGGCGCUGUCGGGACAGCUAUCCAUACAGAGAAUUGAAAAUCCUGAAGAAUGGCUCUACCUACCUCCAAGUACCUGGCUGGAAGUUUGGGGUUUUUUCUGUUUGUAGUCUCUUCAGUAAGCACAGCAGAAGCAGCUGUCACGUGUCCUGACAGAGAUCCCGAGCUAGAAAUCUGGAACCCAGGUCACAACAAAGAAAACCGCGUUGAAAUCCGCAGUGGCAGGAAGCUGCUUCUCUCUUCUUCUGCCACUGUCCACUCUAUCCACAUCACUGAUGGAGGAAAACUGGUCAUUAAAGACGAUGUGCAGCCCAUCAUUCUGCGUACUAGACAUAUACUCAUUGAAAAUGAUGGAGAGUUACACAUUGGCAGCGAGCUGUGCCCUUACCAAGCCAAUGUGGUUAUCAUCUUAUAUGGGCGAGCGGAUGACGGCAGCCAGCCAAACCCUUACUUUGGACAGAAGUAUCUUGGAGUGAGUAAAGGUGGCACCCUUGAGAUCCACGGAAAGAAAAAGCUGUCCUGGACUUUCUUAAACAAGACUCUUCAUCCUGGUGGCAUGGAAGAAGGUGGAUAUUACUUUGAAAGGAGCUGGGGCCACCGAGGUGUCAUUGUCCAUGUUAUUGACCCAAAGACGGGGGCAGUUGUCCAUUCAGAUCGGUUUGAUACCUACAGAGCAAAAGAGGAAAGUAUCCGCCUGGCUCAGUAUUUGGGCACAGUUGCAAAUGGCAUGAUCCUGUCAGUUGCAGUGAACGAUGAAGGAUCCAGAAACUUGGAUGACUUGGCCAGGAAAGCAAUGACCAGACUGGGCAGCAAGCAUUUCCUCCACCUUGGGUUUAGGCACCCAUGGAGUUUUAUUACCAUUAAAGGAAAUCCCUCCUCUUCUGUUGAGGACCACAUAGAAUAUCAAGGUCACAAAGGGUCAGCUGUGGCCAAAGUAUUCAAACUAUUCAAAGCUGAGAAUGGAGAACAUUUUAAUGUCUCUUCAACGAGCGAGUGGGUUCAAGAUGUAGAAUGGACAGAGUGGUUUGAGAAGCCUGACAAAGCGAGAUCUAAGGACAUGGAGAAGCUGUCUGACUUCAAAGCUGCUCAUCCUGAUAAAAUCUGCAGGCAGCCCAUUGACAUCCAGGCAAUGACGCUGGAUGGAGUGAAUUUAACCACGGAGGUUUUCUACAAGAGCGGCCACGAUUACCAAUUUCUGUGCCACGGCAAGGACCAGACAGGCGAGGGCUGCCGCAACUACAGAGUGAGGUUCCUGUGUGGCAAAUCUGUGAAACCAAAGCUCACAGUAACCAUUGACACCAAUGUGAACAGCACGAUCCUGAAUCUGGUGGAUGAUGUGAGCUCAUGGAAGCCUGGAGACAGGCUGGUGGUGGCGAGCACUGACUACUCCAUGUACCAGGCAGAGGAGUUCCAAAUGCUGCCAUGCAGAACCUGCAGACCCACCCAGGUCAAGGUAGCAGGGAAAGCCACGUACCUGCACAUGGGCGAGGUGGUCGACGGCGUCGACAUGCGGGCGGAAGUGGGGCUGCUGAGCCGCAACAUCGUGGUGAUGGGCGAGAUGGAGCAGCAGUGCUACGAGUACAGCAGCAAGCUGUGCUCCUUCUUUGAUUUCGACACCUUUGGGGGACACAUCAAGAUUGGUCUUGAUUUCAAGGCCACCCACAUUGAAGGUCUAGAACUGAAAUACAUGGGCCAGCAGACAAUGGGGCACUACCCAAUUCAUUUCCAUAUGGCUGGAGAUGUGGAUGAGAAAGGAGGCUACAACCCUCCAACGUAUGUGAAGGAUACCUCCAUCCACACCACCUUCUCCCGCUGCGUCACUGUCCAUGGAUCCAAUGGUUUACUGGUGAAGGACGUGGUGGGGUACGAUGCUCUGGGCCAUUGCUUUUUUACGGAGGAUGGACCAGAAGAGCGCAACACGUUUGACCACUGCCUUGGGCUGCUGGUUAAACCCAGCACUCUGCUCCCCUCCGACCGCGACAGCAGGAUGUGCAAGCUGAUCACAGAGGGAGCUUACCCGGGGUACAUCCCUAAGCCCAGACAGGACUGCAGUGCCGUAUCCACCUUCUGGAUAGCCAACCCACACAACAACCUUAUAAACUGUGCAGCUGCUGGAUCUGAAGAAACAGGCUUUUGGUUUGUCCUGCACCACGUGCCGACAGGCCCCUCGGCAGGCAUGUAUUCCCCUGGCUACUCCGAGCACAUGCCGAUGGGGAGGUUCUCCAACAACCGCGCGCAUUCCAACUACCGGGCUGGAAUGAUCAUCGAUAAUGGCGUUAAAACCACCCCAGCCUCUGCCAAGGACAAAAGACCUAUCCUGACGCUGAUUUCUGGGAGGUACAGCCCACACAAGGACGCUGAUCCUUUGAAGCCCAGGGAACCUGCAAUAAUCGAGCGCUUUAUUGCCUACAAGAAUCAGGAUCACGGGGCCUGGCUGCGAGGUGGAGAUGUGUGGCUGGACAACUGCCAGUUUGCUGACAACGGCAUUGGCCUGACCUUGGCGAGUGGUGGGACCUUCCCUCACGAUGAUGGCUCAAAGCAAGAAAUCAAGAACAGCCUGUUUGUUGGCGAGAGUGGAAACCUGGGCACCGAGACAAUAGACAAUGAGAUCUGGGGGCCUGGAGGUCUGGAUCACCGGGGAAGGACCCUGCCCAUCGGCCCGGAUUUUCCCAUCCGGGGGAUUCAGUUCUACGACGGACCCAUCAACGUCCAGAACUGCACGUUCCGCAAGUUCGCGGCGCUGGACGGGCGGCACACGAGUGCCCUGGCCUUCCGCCUCAACAACGCCUGGCAGAGCUGCCCCAACAACAACGUCACCGGCAUCCACUUCGAAGAUGUCCCCAUUACCUCAAGAGUCUUCUUUGGAGAACCUGGCCCCUGGUUCAAUGAUCUGGAUAUGGAUGGUGACAAAACAUCAGUUUUUCAUGAUGUAGAUGGUUCUGUGUCAGAAUAUCCAGGCUCAUACCUGAUCAAAGAAGAUAACUGGUUGAUCAAGCACCCUGACUGCAUUGAUGUGCCUGACUGGAGAGGUUCCAUCUGCAGUGGGCACUUUGCUCAGAUAUACAUCCAAGCCUACAAGCCAGCCAACCUGAAAAUGAAAAUAAUAAAAAAUGACUACCACAAUCACCCACUCUACUUGGAAGGGGCUUUGAGCAAAAGCACUCAUUACCAGCAGUAUCAGCCAGUUAUAACUCUGAGGAAAGGCUACACCAUCCACUGGGACAAGACAGCCCCUGAAGAGCUGGCCAUAUGGCUCAUCAACUUCAACAAGAAUGACUGGAUCCAAGUAGGGUUUUGCUAUCCUAAAGGGACGACGUUUUCCAUUCUCUCAGACAUCCACAACCGUCUCUUGAAGAAAACAUACAAAACUGGAACUUUCUACAGAACCUCCCAAAUGGAGAAAUUGGAGCACAGAUAUCCCACCAAAGGAUACUACUACUGGGAUGAGGACACUGGGCUGCUGUUUCUGAAGCUCAAAGCUCAGAAUGAGAAGGAGAAAUUUGCUUUCUGCUCUGUAAAGGGCUGUGAACGAAUAAGAAUCAAAGCUGUGAUCCCAAAGACAGCUGGUGUCAGCGACUGUGAAGCCACGGCCUAUCCCAAGUACAUUGAGACACCAAUAGUGGAAGUGCCAAUGCCAAAGAAGCUCUCUAGUGCACAACUGAAGACCAAGGACCACCUAAUAGAAGUGAAAAUAGAAACUUAUAAGAAACAGUACUUCCACCUGAAGGAUGACUUUGCAUACAUUGAGGUUGAUGGUGUCAGGUUUUUCCUCACUGAUGAGGGUAUCCAGCUGGUUGUGAUUGAUGGACACCAUGGAAAAGUUGUUGAUCGAGUAACAUUCAAAAACUCCAUUCUACAAGGAAUCCCAGCACAGAUAGAAAAUUAUGUCAACAACAUCAAAGAUCACUCCAUAGUGCUGGUGACAUCUAAAGGAAGAUUAAUUUCAAGAGGACCAUGGACUAAAAUACUGGAGAAACUUGGAGCAGGAGAGGGUUUUAGGUUAAAAGAGAAAAUGGCUUUUGUCGGCUUCAAAGGCAGCUUCCGCCCCGUCUGGGUGAAGCUGGUCACUAACGAGGAGUCAGCUAAAAUCUACCAAGCACUGCCAAUUCCUGUGGUGAAGAAAAUGAAGUUGUGAGGACACCCUGCUGUGCUUCCUGGCCGCCAGCACUGCCCUGUGGGACGGACGGACGGACGGAUGGACUACUGACCGCUCUGCGUGGGCCUCGCCCGCCUGCGCUGCCAGUGUAGCAUUUUGUUGUUGUUGUUGCUGUUCGAAAAGAAAUCUCACUGUAAGUAGCUAGCGUGGCCACAUGUGACAGAAAAGCCUUCCUCUGUGACCAGCGUGCGUUCUGUGCUCGCCAGCUCAGGCUGGCUCGGGCACCGAGGCCGACUCUCGCAGUGCUGAGCAAGGUCUGAGCUGUUUCACCAGGUGCUGGUUUUAUCAGCACCCCUGGGACAGACUGACUUUAGUGCUGCCUCUUAAAGGGGAGUUCUUGGUCUGAAGACCAUCGAGGAUUAUUGCUUUUACCAGCCUCUAAGUUGUCUGAAGACUUUUUCUUUUCCAUAGUGUAACUAGCUGCUCACAUAGACAUGGGAUGCCAGUUCAAAGACUGGUUGACAAUCUGGGGUAGAAAGAGCGUGUUUCAGUGAUUACCUGGAUGCUGGGAAGCAUAACUGGACAGUAAGCAUUUCUCCUAAAGCUUCUGUGAGGUUUGAUCAAGCUCUUUGGGGUGUAUGUUGUACAUGCAACCCACGGCACAUAGCUGGGGAAGAGAUGACAGAAGGAGUGGACAAAACAGGCCAGCAGAGACUGAUGAAACCACCUAUUUCUGCUUCCUCAGAAAACUGUGUUUUUCAUAUGGAUCAAGGAUUUUUAAUGGCAGUUGUGCAAAUAGGAAAUUUUCCUUCAACAAGCAGCUGCAGGCUAGAAGGAGAGCAAUGUCAAUUAGCACAUGUAUUUUCUCAGCCUUUCCCAUACAGCCUUUCCCUCUGAAUAGCAACGUUCGGGAUCAGUUUAUGGUUUCCAGUUAAAGCCAUCCCAAUUCAAGGCUUCCAAUUUUUAAGUAGGAAUCCUGGGACUUACCUUAUUCAGCAUCCAAGAGCGUGAGCUGUCCUCACCUUUCCCGGGACGCCAGAGGGAACAGGAUCAGACUGCUCUGCUGUGUGUUGCUUUCUGAUCCUGUCCUCAAGCUUAAGACAUUAUGUCUUAGUCCUCCUGUAAGAGUUACAUGAGACAUGGAUGAGGUCUUUCCAGGUGGCUAAAGAACUAAAGUGGGAAUCUCAAUGCACUAGUUGGAUGUCUUGUAUCUCCUUUCCCCCUGCUGCAAACCAGUACCUGGGUAAUGAAGGCAGAUCAAUCAGGACUUUACAGGGGCAUCUCUUGGAGCUGGGAAAUUAAAAAUUAUCUCGUAAAGCACUGAAAGCAUUUCUAGCAUUCAGAGAUAUUUCUAUCUGUUGCCCAGAAAUACCACAAAGGCGUUUCUGGAGGCUGUGGCUGUUCUAAGAAAUCUAGGGGCAGGGGGGAAGUGUGAAAGACAUCAUGACAAGCUUUUCCAGGAAUGUCAGCCUUGCCAGUAGGACUCGGGUUUGUUUCCCCACUUUAUCUCUGCCUGUCCCCAUUGCCAAAUUAUUCUAAUUGCUGAUGGCUACUUUGUUUGUGUAAUUAAGUUUUUUUCCCCACAGUAUCAAAAAUGCUACCUUGCAGUGGCAAGGUAGACUAAAAAGCAAGGAUUCUGUGUGUCAUUCCAAAGGCUGGGCAGAUACUGGUUUAGAUCAGUUGCUCUGAAAGUCAAAGCAAGCAUGAGGAAAAUUGAGAUAGUACUGUAGGUUACAUUCCCCUCAAGCCUCUCCUGGGUUUUGAAACUGGAAAUGUUCUUUUCAGACUUACUACAUAAUUGUUUUGAAUUCACUGAAUGUCAUGUGUAUUGUAUUAAAAAAAAAAAAAAGAAGAGCCAAGCUUUCCCUCCCAGCUUCCCAACAAGAGUCUGUUAAUGAAUGCUCCUUAGGCAUUUGUGCCAUUUACAGAGUGAAUGGGCAACCUUUGUAAAAGGCAAGUAAGGUGGGGUUUUUUUCCCCCCAAAUUGUUAUGAUAGUUUGGGGAUUUCACAAAUUAUUCCAAGAAAGAGUCAGUCUCACUGGUGGUUCAACCAUGAUCAUCCAAAACGUUUAUCUGAUAUCCCGUGAUAGCCAAAACAGGGCCAGAUCCAUGAAGUUAGGGGAAGAGGGUGACAGGAAUUCCCUUGGGUCUGUCAGUUUGGGUUGUCUGAACCUUUUCCCUGCCCUGAGCCAGUGCUGUUGAUCCCAUUGCAGCAGUGUUGGUGGAACACCCUUGCUGCCAGGAGAUGCUCCAAAGCAGGAGUAUUUCCUUCACAAGCACUCAGCAGAUGGUGGGCAGGAAAGCUGGGCUUGGAAUGUGCCUGGAGUGGGAUUUGGCUUUGUACAAGCCUCAGUGCCGGGCUUGCCCUCUGCAGUACUCCACUGGCCACGGCCAUUUCCCCUCCCCUGCUCCCUGCAAGUGUGAAAAUUCCCAGGAGCAACCCACCAGGCUGGUCUAUCCCCUAGACUGCUUUGUUCAGCUUCUAGCAGCAUGCUGCCUCUGUGCUGAAGUGCAGCUUCUGAUUUUACUGUUUUGGGACUUCUCAGGGUGAAAUCAUAAGACUUGGCUCUAGGAAAAACCUUUUCCUUUCCUAAAAAAAAUCUCCCCUUAUUAAGAGACGAAAACUUCUAAGCAGCUUGUCCUGUCAUGCCGAGCUUGUCACAUGGGGCCUGUUUUGGAGCUGGGGAGGGUCUCCCACUGUGAAUACGGAGCAGGGACUCACUGCAGUCUGUCAGCCCGAGGGAGAGCAGAGCAUCGUGUGCCAGGGAAAUGCCCAGGGCUCCUGCCAACCUGCACGGCCUGGAGUCAUCAGUGUGUGCUCUGGAGACAGAAUGGAGCCUGGUGCCAUCGCCAGGCAGCACGAGCUUUGUGCCACAGGAUUCCUGUUUAAUCUUUGACUGUUCUAGAACCUGUACAUGCACACUGUGGUUGGUGAAUUGCCCGAGUGCUUGUCCUCUGCCCACCCUGUAGAGUCCCUGCACAAGCUGCAGUGAGCCUCCCUGGAAGGUCCUGUUACUGCAGAUGUUUCCAUGUUUGCCUACACAGUUGCCAUUGGUGGAGUGGGGGUUUUUUGAUUGCAUUUUGUUUGUUUGUCUCUUUGUUUGUUUGGAUGUUUGGGUUUUACUGCCUCUGUUCAAAUGCUUGUUUUACCUGUCGCCGAAACAGCUGGUCCUUUUUCGGAGUUAGAUGUUUGUACAUUUUCUUAUAGACUUUCCAAUGAAAAAAGAUAUAUUUUCUAUUAAUUUAUUACAAUGGCACUAAGACAACUAAAUUGCAGACAUAUGAAGCAUUUUUACUGGAGUUGAGCAUUGUCCAGGUUGUUAAGGAGGUCGGCAAUGUGUCUUUUCUGAUAAUCUGCUUUGCACUUGAAAGCUCUCUAUGUCCACAGACCGUGGUGGUGCAUUGACUGUCGGGUUUAUGAUGACAAGAGCUCUUGGGACGUUGUUUCCAAAAGAUUGUGGCUUACAACUGAAAUAACACGUAGUUGUUUGGAGUACACAAUGUUUAUCAAAAUAAAUAUUCAGUGCAAAUUUCUUAUUUUA